CUCAGCGCUGCCCGGAGCCGGCGGCGCCCCGAGCGUCCCGCGGCGCUGCCCUCGCUCUGCCCUGCCCGAGCCCAGGAAUGGCUGAGUAACGCCCGAUCCUUGAGGGGAAAAGCCUGGCAUUGCUGAAAAUGGCAGCUGAGACAUCCACAGAAGUUGCAAAAACAGCCAAACAAUCUGUCCUUAAGGAAGAGGUAAUUGUAGAAAGACAAUGGUUGAAGCUUUCAGAAACAACUUACACUGAUCCCUUUGGGAAAACCAGAACUUGGGAAACUGUAAAGCGUACUGGCAACAAAAAGGGAAUUACAGCUGAUGGUGUAGCAGUGAUAGCAGUGCUGCAGAGAACCCUGCACUACGACUGCAUUGUGCUGGUGAAACAGUUCAGACCCCCAAUCAAUGGCUACUGCUUGGAAUUUCCUGCAGGCCUGAUUGAGGAAAACGAGUCAGCAGAAAGUGCUGCGCUUCGAGAGCUGAAGGAAGAGACUGGCUACAAGGGGGAGGUCAUUGAAUGUACUCCAGCUCUGUGCUUGGACCCAGGAAUGUCAAACAGCACAACACACAUUGUGAGUGUCAUCAUUAAUGGAGAUGAGGCUGAGAACACGAGACCUAAGCAAAACCUUGGUGAGGGAGAAUUUGUGGAAGUUGUUACACUUCCAAAGAAUGACCUACUGCAAAGGAUUGAUGAGCUGGCAGCAGAGGAGCAGCUGGCAGUAGAUGCCAGGGUUUACACGUACGCGCUGGCUCUGAAGCGCGCAGCAGAAAAACCGCUCCAAGUUCCCUUUAUGAAGUUCUAGAACUGGACAAUGAGAAAUUGAAUUAAAAACUGCCCAAGCUGGAUGGCUUAGAAGUAUAACUCUUCUUGUAAUCAAGGUCAUUUACUUUACUUGUUGAGCAAAAGAAGUGUUUGUAGUAAUGAUUCUGGUAUUUUUAUUUCGAAUUAUGUAACUGACAAAAAGCAUUUCUUCUAACUGCUCUGUCAAGCCUUGACAGAAUAUCCAUAAUAAAAAUACUGUUUAAUUUUCAGAA